AGAACAAUAACCUUAUAACCUAUAAUACAACCUAUCCUAUAAUACAAAAGUUUUGAAAAGUAAACAAUGAAAGAUGGAUAUGAUUAUAGUAUUGUUUAUUAUAGGAGUCGUUUACGGUGUUUUACUGUUUUUUGAUAAUUUUUUUAAGACUUGUGCUCAUUAUCCAUAUAUAAAAUUUUUGGAAGGAACUGGAUUUCACGUAGGUUUCUUCUGGAUCAGAUGGAAAACGAAAGCAUUCAACCGCAUACUUAUCAGAUGGGGUGCUAGUAGACCGCGAUUCUGGAAUAUCUGGUUCACCAUAGGGGUAGGCACAAGUCUCUUGAUAUUGCCAUUUUCAGUGCUUCUUCUCCUGUAUUCUGUAUUGAAAAAUUGGACACCUAUGAAUACAAGUGAAGCAUUUGUUAUUGAGCCAAUCAUCCCUGGUGUUAAUUUACCUGCCUCAGAACUUGGUUAUUACAGCCUCACCCUUAUAGUUUGUAGUAUUGUUCAUGAAUUGGGACAUGCUUUAGCUGCAGUGAAAGAAGAUGUCAACUUGAUAGAAGUUGGGGCUAAUAUAUUUUUUGUUUUACCCGUAGCAUUUGUGAAUAUUUCUACUGAGAAAUUGACAUCAUCAGGUCUGAAGUCUCUCAAGGUACUGUGUGCCGGUGUUUGGCACAAUAUAGUUCUAACUUUAGUAGCCCUUUUGAUGUACAUGUCUAUACCAUUUUUAUUUUCACCAUUUUUUCAUAUUGAUAAAGGCAUUGUCAUAUCUGAAAUUGCCAAAAACUCUCCACUAUUGGGCACAAAAGGUUUGAGCUCCGGAGAUGUGGUUUUUCAGGUGAAUGAUUGUAAGGUUUUUAAUGAAGACAGUUGGUAUAACUGUCUUUCAGAGACAUAUAAACGCAGAAUAGCAUUUUGCAUUGAUGCUGAUUUAAUUCGAAAUUUGGAUGAAAGUAUAGCAUUAAGGCAUUUGGAGAAUGGUAACUUGGAAUGUUGCAGUGAAAAUCAAGCUGAAAAUAUCUGUUUUGAAUAUUUGGAUAAAAGUAAUGGAGUUUUAGAAUUGCCUAUGCAUGCUUGUCUGCCAGCUAGAAAAGUUAUGGAACAGUCUGAACAUUUUUGUGAUCUAUCACCUCAUAUUUGUCCUGAUAAUCAGUUUUGCUUUAAACCAAUCUUGGAAAAUUCUACUCAUUUAUUCAAAUUGAAUAGUAAUCAUCGAGAUGUUAUAUAUUUGGGACAUCCCAGUGAUAUUCACAGAACAAUAAUGGUUUCAUCAUUCAUCCCUAAAUACAUCUUCACCAGUCCAACAAUACCAGAUGCUGUACUGAAAUUUAUCAAGUACCUUAUAGUUUUCUCUUUAGGCUUGGCUAUUCUGAACAUAAUACCUUUUAUGUAUAUGGAUGGUCAAUACAUAAUGGAAAUAGUUGGUUGUUGGUUUUUCGAAGAAAAAUAUGGAAAAAAUAUGACUAGAGCAGUAAUAUCAAUCGUUACCUGGUUUUUAACAUUCCUUUUGGUUAGUCACUGCUUAUAUUCUGCAUCCAAAAUUAUAAAUUUAUAAACAGGAUCAUUGGAAAUUUUUACUGUUAUCCUGAUAUGCAGAAUAUUUUAAAUCAUAUAUGCUGGAACUCCAGUGUUCCUAAGAUCCAAUUUGUUCCUGCAUAUAUGAAGAAAAACCAAUACUAUCCAUUGUUGAAUCAAAGUUUCUGCAUGGGGAUCUCAAAACCGGUAAUAUACAAAAUAAAGGAUGAAUUGGGCUAAGUCACAUAUGAAGGAAAGAGUUCACUCUUUUUCUGAGUGUAUAUGUAUUUGAAAAAAAUAACCAUUAGGAAUCCAUAUGAGUUAUUUAAAGAUGAACAGCAAAGUACAUUGCAAUAGGAAAUAAAUUUCAAAGUUUCACAGCAAUCUGAUUUAUCAUCCUCUAUGAGAUGUGUUCUAUUGAAAACACUCAAUAGCAAAAAGUUCAUUUAAUAUAUACUAUAAAAUUAAAAAAAAGUUACAGAACUGACUUUUUCUUGUAUAUAUCUGAAAUCAGAAUGGCUAGAGUUGAUUUUCUGUAUUAUUUAGUAGAAAUUACUAUUUAAAUCGUCCUGCACAGAUGUGAUUAUGUCUUACCUUUAAAUGUGACAAUUUUCAAAUUGAUUAAAAAAAAUUGGGUGUUGUAGGUAAUCAGUAAUGAUUCAAAUAGUUUUAAAUUCAGACAUUUUGUAAUGCUCAUUCAUACUUAUUGUGAAUACUAAUAAAUUAUUUUGCCAAACUUAAA